GGAAAACAUACACAAGAUUUCAUCUUAAAGUCUUUGAGAUUUUUAUUUAAAGAAAUAUCCCAAAAAAAAAGUUAACACUGUGGUGAUUAAACGGGCUCUGUGUACCAAUUUGUUACAAUCUGCACGUAUUAAUCACUUUUUAUUGGCCGUACGUGAGCAGACUGUAAUGUAACUUGACCUUCUCUGUCUCUUGGUGCCUGUACAAACCUCCAAACUAUUUGUUUAAAUUGUUUAAUGCUGCUGGACUGUUGAUUUCUUUGUGAAGGAAUCUGGUCAGAUUUUUCCACAUCAGUGGAAACUUUAUGCGUGUUAUCGAGUGCAUCGUGUCAGCGCCUCUCUCCUCUCUGCUAACACUGAGCAACGGUUGCUAACGUUAGUUCAGAAAAGGGAGUCCUCUUAUGUAAACUAGGGUAUUUUCCUUGUGUUCAUGUCCAGUGUGACAGCAGAAGUCAAUGCACGAGAUGAUCAGCAGCAGCAGCGUCUAUGGCUUAAAGAUGCAGUGGACCCCCGAGCAUAGCCAGUGGGCCGAACAGCAUUUCGACAUCUCCUCCACUACGCGCUCGCCAGCCCACAAGGCCGAGGCCUACAGGGCGGUGCCCGGCCACCUGCAGCGCUCGGCCUCCUACCAGUAUGCCUGGGCCAAUGACGACAUCUCAGCCCUCACUGCUUCCAACCUGCUUAAGAAGUACGCUGAGAAGUAUUCCGGCAUUCUGGAGAUGCCGGGCUCUUAUUCAGAGGGCCCCGGAGUCCCAGGAGUGAUGAAUGGCCGGAAAGGCGAAUCAGAGCCAUGGCAGGAUGGCGUCUAUCCCAUGAGCUGCAUCCCAGAGGGGGUUUCUGUCAGAAAGGGAGGUGUGGCGGCGGCUUCAGAGGUGGUGUCUGGCAUGUGCAGCUCCCCCGGCCUGGCCUCCAGCACCCUGAGUGAGCCAAGCUACUCCAGCAGCAGCUGUGGGAGCCACACUGCCACGGCCCUCCAUUCCUCCUCCAUGCCCUCUCAGGAAUACGGCCCUGCAUACAGCAGCUCUUACCUGCACAGUAGUUACAGCUCCCAGUCUGCCCCCACCCCGGCACUUCCCUCCCCACUGCACAGCUCUGGGCUUCUGCAGCCACCCCCUCCGCCGCCCUCCCACCCCACUUUAGUCCCAGCUUACAACGGAGGCUCCCCCAACUUGUCUAGUUAUAAUUACCCCCCAGCAGGCUACCCAGCUCAGAGCUCGGUCGGGCCAGGAUACAGCCCUGGGGGAGCGCCCCCUCCUUCCUCGUACCUCCCCUCAGGCAUUGCUGCACCUACACCCCUACCCCCCUCUUCUGCUUUACCUGGAUACCCAUACCAGAGCCACAACCUGACCCCAAUCGCCCCCACUCCUCUCAACAGCAGCUCCUCCAACUCACUGAAGAGGAAAGCCUUCUACAUGACAGGCCAAGGAGAGAUAGACUCCACUUACGGUAACUUUGGCUAUGGCCAGGCUCGGAGCUCAGCUGAGAGCCCAAUGUACAGGAUAGCAGACAGCAGCAGUACAAAUGGAGGCGCCAACAGCGCCAGUGGUGGUGGAUUUGACAGAAGUGCUGAAAAGGCGUCUUUACCUUUUAAUCCUCAGAAGCAGUCCACGAUGUCCUCGGAGCAGCAGCAGAGGAAGUACAGCAGCCAGGUGACUGGUGGGCCACUGACUCCACCGGCCUACGUCUCCUCCACCCUGGGGGGGUCCCGCUCAGCAGAUUCCCUUGUCAGCUUCACCUCCCCUUCCCUCAGUGAGCAAGGUGCUGAUGAUCAUCGUCUGCACCUCUCCCACUCAGCACCAGGGCCUACCUCCUCCUCAUCCACUUCCUCCUCCCGGCCUGCCGAAGAGCAGCUAAAAACCAGUGACCCUCACCUCCUAGACAUGGUUACCUCUGAAAUCGUUCAACAGGGUCCGCCAGUGGAUUGGAGUGACAUAGCAGGACUAGAACUGGCCAAGGCGACCCUGAAGGAGGAGGUCCUGUGGCCCAUUCUGCGCCCGGACAUGUUCAGCAGUUUGGGACCAGCCCCACGUUGCGUGUUGCUGUUUGGCCCCAGGGGCAGCGGCAGGACGUUGCUGGGUCGCUGCCUGGCCAGCCAGCUGGGUGCACCAUUCCUCCAGCUCAGCGGUUCCACAUUGGCCACCAAGUGGCUGGCAGACGGAGAAAAAAUUAUUCGGGCGUCCUUCCUGGUGGCUCGCUGCAGGCAGCCCUCAGUACUGUUCAUUAGUGAGGUGGACAUGCUGCUGUCAGCCCACCUCAGUGAAGAAAGCCCCAUCAACCGGCUGAAGGGGGAGCUACUCACCCAAUUGGACUCACUCCUUAUGGGCUCAGGCGACGACGGAAGCAACCAAGUGUUGGUGGUUUGCUCCACAAGCAGACCCCAGGACAUGGACGAAGGGCUGCGCAGGUACUUUGCUCGGAGGGUCCUCGUGCCCCUGCCGGACAGCACAGCCAGACACCAGAUCGUGAACCAGCUCCUGGCUCAAUCGCAGCACAAAUACUGCAUGAGUGAGGAGGAGCUGGCACUGCUGGUCCAGCGUACUGAGGGCUUCUCUGGACUGGAUCUGGCCAGACUCUGCCAGGAGGCCCUCGUUGGUCUGUUACAUGUCUCUGCACAGGGCAUGGACAUGACGGGUAUGAUGCCCAGGGGACAGGUCAGGCCCCUCACCUACCAGGACAUUGAGAGUGUCUUUUGUAAAUUCCAAGCCAGUAUAUCGCAGAAAGAGAUUGACACGUACACUGAGUGGAACAAAAUGUUCGGCUGCAGCCAGUGAACAGAUAGAUUCCGCCCUUGAGAAAAAGAGGCAUCCACAAUUCCUCCCCUCAGGGCAGAAGCAUUGUGCUGGAGGGAAAGGCACGCAGAAGGCCAACACAAGCCCACUGAGUUCUCACAAGCAGGGUUUAGAUGCACCGAGAGACCUGGUUUGAUGAGACAACUGGCAGUUUUGCAGUUAACGAGCAAGAGUUUUAAUUUGAAUGCUUGACAGGCAUUGUUUACACAUUGCAAGCAAGUUGGCUUCAGAGGAGACGCCCCAGUGUCUGUGUAUAUAUCUUUAUGUUCUUGUUCUUGAGAUUUAGUUGGCUAUCCAAGUGCCUGAAGUGGUGCUUUCUGAUUUUCCUUUCUUUGUUUAUUUGCCUCACAAUCUACAUUCAUGGCAUGAGCUGAUGAUUAUUAAGAGCUUUAAAACUUCAGCAGUGAGUCUGAAAAACAGAGAUUGACAGUUGCCAUCAGUGGUGGUCAAUCAUUCUUUAUUGUCUUGCUAAGAGCAGUAAUCCAUCAGGGUGGCAGUAGUCUGGGCCCUGACUCACACUCAUCUCUUCUGAUCCUGUGUCUGCAAAACAAACAAACGUAACAAACAAAACUCAGGAAAGCGUUUGUGAAUUGUACAGUACCUCAAGAUAUUUUGACGAAAAGCACUAAGAUCUGACAGGAGAAUCCGCGGCGGUUUGGCAGUUUGACGAAGCAGUGUUAGGUGUUCCUCAGCUGGCUAGGAUAGAUAGCAAAGAGGUGACAAUGAAUGUACUAGAUAUGUUCUGGAAAGAUGGAACAUAAUCAACGGUGAGAGUAAAAAACGUUUUUUCUUUUUUUCUUUUUUCUUUCCUCACAGCAGGUGCGUUAGUUACCUGUUUCUACUUGACCAAUCCUGAAGCUUAUCUCCAUCGCUGUUCAAAAAUGUAAAACCGCGUUGCCCAGCGUUGCCGUUUGGGGGUUACAAGAGCCAGGAUGGUGGGAGUUGUAUAUUUAUUAAAACAACCAUAAUCAACAUUGUUUAUAUUAUGUAUGUGAUCUAGGCUAUAUGGUCAGGCUGCAUGGAGGCGCCAUCAGUUUGUCAGCUAAAACCUGCGCAAAAUAUCGUCUCGUUUAUCAUUUAUUCUCUGACGACGUUAACUUGAUGCUAAAAGCAGCUCCAAAAAAUGUAAGGGAAUUGUUUGACACUUUGGGAAGUACACUGGUUUGCUUUCUUACCUUGAGUCAAAGGUUUCUACAGUAGCACAGAACGCUGGCACUAGAAAGGGCCUUUGGCAUUUUUUUAUUCGGUAGAUGCCACUAAAUCCUACACACUGGACAUUAAAAUGAGAAGAUUAACCUUUUGUAAGCAGCCAGUUAGCUUAGCAUGACAGCUAACAUGGCUGUCGAGGCUGAAAUGUAAAAAAAUUUGUGAUUAUAAGCUAUCAGGCUGCUAGCUCUAGCCUUAUAUUCGGUCGAACUCUUGGCAAGAGGGUAAAUAAGCAUAUUUCCUGAAAUGUGGAGAUUUUCUUUUAAAUCACGGUGAUAUCAAAGACAAUUUAAAAAAUGUUCGACUGUUGUUGGUUUCAGCCUGAAAUGCCAUGUUGGAUACGAGUAAGAAGCUAAUCUGUUGUGUUCAAGGAAAACCUGUUUUUAAAACAGGAAACUAGGAUCAAGGGAACUAAUUCCAGACACACUUCCUAGUUUUUAAGUUGGAUCGGAAAACACAACUACAAUACAGAAGUAUUGAUUCUGCAAAGUUGCCUUGUCACUCUGACUGUUUAGCUGUAUUUGAACUGGAUUAGCUGCAGAAUGGGAUACCACUCCUGUAAUUGUAAUUAGACAGGGUCAUUCAUCCAGCAGGUACAUGUCUACAAUUUAGUAUGUAAAGUUGCAAAUCAAGAACAAAUUACAGUUUUUGCCAGAGGUCGGAGGUCAUUUGAUAAUAACUAUUCUGAUUGAGAUCUCUCAAAAACAACUAGUGUUUUUAUUGAAGUGGCCCUGAUAUGUUAAUCAGAUUUCAAUCAGAAAAUAGAUUUUUAAUUAAAGAUGUGACUGCCCCGGACUAACUAAUCCAAUUCAAACCCUAUUUUUUCUCAUCUGUAAUCGUAUCGUCGGUUUUACUUUUCACUAUAUUUACACAGAUGACACGAAGCACGUAAUCUAAAUGCAUUUGGGUACUUACUUUAAUUGAAAAAAGCUUUGUAAUGUGAGUGAGGAAUUUUGGAGCUAGUCUUAAAGUCCUUCUUACCUGAGGGUUAUCUGUUGCCCGUCGUAUUGCAUUGGAAUGUAAUUUUGUCUCUUCCUUGUCACUGUGUGAGACGCUGUCCUUGAGCUCUGCUGUUGUGACAUGGGAGUGCUUCAGAUAGUUUAAUGUACGUGCACUAAAGCAUUUUGUGUGAUAUUGUUUUGUCGAAUUGUAUUGAUGCCAAUCGGCAGCGCUUUGAUUUGUUUUGUUUCGUCUGAUAUUUAUCCCGAAGGAGAUUUCAUUUAUCUGAGCUGAUGAUCAGUUUUUACACUUUUAUUGUUUUCUUUUUUUUUUUAAACCUUUUUUUUAUAAUAUCAGUGUUGAAGUUUGAGCUACAGACUGCAUGUGCCGGCCCGCUCUGUGCUGCUAUCUCUGGUCGAGGCACCAUC